AUGAUGUUUUUGUUAGAUCACUAAUUCCCUUAAACUACAGUCAGGGGUUGAAUACACGAUGAGAAUUACAUUUAUUUCUACACUUCGAUCGUUAAUUUAAGUAAAUUUCAAUACUGUUCAUGCCAAUGAUACUCCACUAAAAUAUUGCACAUAACAUUGAAGGCACGUGUAGGAAGCAGCAUUAUUCUUCUAUGAACAUUGAAAAUAGCAGUUAUGCUUCCGCCCCUCUUUGCGGGCGACAAGGAUGGCAAGCGCGCGUAGUAACACACCGUCCUAGCAACGAGUCGGCAAUAACAAAAACAGUUUCCCAAACAGUGUUUACUCUCGGAGGUGCUGUUAGCAGUUUUCACCAAACGAUCGGUUUAAUAAUUGAAAUCGAAACAUUUUCAAUAACUUUCUAACGAUGGAUUGGCGCUACAUGCUGUUCGUGUCACCACACAAUGUGACUGACGAAAGGACGGACGAAUUGGCUGUUAAUUUGUCCGGUAUUCCGACUGAUCAAAAAAUGGACAGCAAAAGCUGCAAAAAGCUAUUCCGACUUUCCCAGGUGAUUCUACGUUUCCGUAAUGAGCAGGUUACUCAAUUGAAGGAGGAGGUCGAACAAUUUAUUGCACAGAAUGAACAAAGGAAACUGGAAGAAGCCUCAGAAAAAGAACUGCUACGCGAGCAGGUCAAAGAACUGAAGCGCACAAUCGAAAAACUAGAUGCAGAGAAGAACGCGAAUCGAACGAAAAUUAAGGAAAUGACGGAAGAGAUCGCUUCACUACAGCGGAAGCUUACAGAGAGUAGUCAUUUCGGUAGUGAAGGAGAGGAUUCACCGGAUGCACUGUCUGAGAUCGAUCGACAGCAAGAAUUGUACAACAACAUAAGUAUGAAAAACAAGCACAUAAAGCGUCUGCUGCGGGACAUUGAGGACCUGGAGAAGCGAAACAAACUUCAGGUGGAUACGAUCAACAAUUUGCAGGUUAAUUUGGAAGAUGCUACGAUAAAUUUGACUGCGUUGACGCAUCAAUAUGAACAAUGUAAAACAAUGAUAAAUGACAAGGAAAAUCUGUUGGGGGAAGCAAACGACGUGAUAAAGAAACUAGAGAAGGAGGUUAACGUGUUAACAGAAGAAAAAAAUAAAUGCGAAGAUGAUUUAGAGGACUUUGAAAAACAGUUGGAAGCGAAAAUAACAAAAUGGAAAGAGGUGUUGGGAUCAAAACAAGCGGAGAUCGAUGAACUACAAACGAAAUAUUCGGAUUUACUGGGACAGUUUCCAGGCUAUGACAUCGAAGCGGAACGAAAUGAAUUCAAACAGAUUACGUUAAGGCUCAGUGAGAAAGAUGUGCUGAUAGAACAGCUAGAACAGAAAAUCACUUUGCUCUCGCAAGAAAUUCUCGCGUCAACGGAACUGAUGAACAGAAUAUCACAAGAAAAAGAAAGUGCUAGUAAAAAAUCAACCAGAGUUAGUCAGUGUUGCGAGGAGAGCCGUAUUUCUCUCGACAAGGCAAAUAAACGAUGCGAGGAGAUGCAGGAAAUUCUUACUAGCGUCGAAGAAGACAAUAUGUUGAAGUCGAAGCAAGCUGUGGAAGCAAUUGAAGCACUGAGACGAUACGAAAGUGGUGAGGAUGGAUUAGCAAGCGCGUUGAAAAAAAUCAAUAGACUUCAUGAGAAGGUUAAUGUCAGGGACAAACAAAUACGUGAGCUUAUUGCAGAAAUAAAUUUGGCAAACGAAAUAGCGUUAGAGAAUGCUGUACUAAGGAAACGGUUAGGAAUUAGCGAAGAUGAGGCCAUCCCUACUCACUCUGUUUUAUCGAAACAAAGAAAAAUCGAGAAGGUGAACGAAAGGCUUGCCCUUAAGUUACGAGCUUCGGAGGAAAUGCGCUUGCAACUUAAACUCGAGAAAAAUGACUUGAAGAGGAAAAUGUUUCAAUUGUCUCAAUCUCUGAGCAGUCAGAGAGGACAAGACAAGGAAAAAUGUGAUGAAAUGGUUUCUGAAAAUGGAGAAAAUGUGAAGACAGAAGAGCAAAUUCCGACAGAUGCUGACGACGUCUCGAAAAUCAGUGAUCUUGAAGCUGUAAAGUUUUGUGAGAAGUGUAUGAAGCAAUACAAUGUGAUCGAUAGCAUGAAGUAUUGCAAAGCUUGUAUCUUUAGACAAAAUUUUAACUAUUGUGAUGGAUGUCUAAUAAAACUGAAAGUGAACAUGAAUGAUGGUUCCAGCUGUAAAGAAGGCCAACAAAUUGAGGAACUUAAGAAGAAAUACACCGCAAUUGAAGAAGAGAAUGAUAACUUAAGAAUAGGAAUGCACGAGAUUCUACAAAAGCUGCGUGAUUACGAUGCCAUAUCUAACCAUCUUACGAUUGAUACGUCUAUUCUCGAAAAAUUAAUUCAGGUCUUGAAUGCAAGCAGUUCCAACCGGUGGUAUCGCCCAGGAAUCCAUAUGCAAAAUGAGCUGCUAGAGAGUAGAGAACGAUUCAAUCUAAAGAGUAAACAAAGUACACUUUCAUUGGGAAGUAGAGACGAUUCAGGAAAUGUAUGCGAUGAGGAAGAUAAUAUCAUAGAGAUCGAUCAAGGAGUCGUUGAGCAACCAGAUUUCAGUGAGCAGGUUUUGCUGAAAUCGGUAGAGAUCGAACGGCUCAAUGAUCAGGUGGAGCAACUGCGAGAGGAGAAGGAUGCAUUAUUGAUAAAAAACGAUGAGCUUCAGGUCACGAAGAAGUUGUAUGAUGAACUGCUAGAGUUUACCAGAGCAACGGAGAACGAAAAAGACAUCAUACUCGUUAAAACGUUAGACCGAUUGAAGCAAAUUGAGUCAAAUAUAAUCAUUUUUCAAAGGAAGGUUGAUUUUCUACAAGCAGAGAACGAUAAUAUUUACAACACAAUGCGAUCUCUUAAGUUGGAUCAUUUAAAUAUUUUACAUGGACUAAAGUCUGAGCUAGCCGUUAAAAGUGGAGCUCUCAAGAAGUUUGAAGAAUCAACAUUCAGCACCGACAACAACAGUGAUAAUCAGGAACCGGAAACAGUUGAAAAGUUGGAAAAAGAAAUAGAGAGAAUGAAAAUAGAAACAACGAACUUUUACACGAUAUUUUUAAAGAACAUUCCGGACAUCGACAAAGACAACCUAUUUGAGCUUGAGUACGAAAGCUUGUCUCGGUUUGGUUUAGUCGAAUCUAAUUUGACCGUGGAGUUUAUGCCAAAAGAUGAAUUCAAAAGAUUAAAGAAACAAUUAGAAGCAACCAAAGAAGAUUUGAGAAAGCUAAGUGUCAAGUCAGAUCAUUUGGAAGAACUAUUAAAAAUUUCUCAAGAACAAAUUCGAUCACAGCAAAUGUUAAUAACUAAGUACUCGGAUGAGGAGAUCAAUAUGAGGCAUUUGGUUGCAGAUCUGCAAAGUUCAUCCCAUGAAAAGUAUCUACUGGUCAAAACUCAAAAGGAAUUGGAUGCUGUCAAGGAACAAGAAGAGUUGCUGAGAUUGGAAAACUCUAAAUUGAAGCAAGCCCUGAUUGAUGGAUCAGAAAAAAUUGCCAAACUGAAGCAAGAUAUAGCGCAACAGAAAGAAGAUUUUCUUCAUUUACAAAAAGAUAACAAUUUAAAAAUCAAGUUUCUCACACAAAGUGUUAAAAAGUUACAUGAAAAUUACAACUCUUUUACACCAACAUAUGCAGUAACGGAUUUCGUGAAACAAUACAUAAAACUGUUACAACAAAAAAAGGAGUUGUGUACAGAUACGUUUUUUUCUCAGAAACGCAGCCGAGAAGAAGAAUAUGGGCGAUUGUUUGAUAAACUAAGGGAAAACUUGGAGGGUAGCCAAAUACAGGAUAAAAUCAAUUUGAUAAAAUUCGAAAGCCAGUGUGAAUACCUUACGAAGCAACUAAUUCUAUAUCAAGAACAAAUUGAGCAAUUGCAUCGGGAAAAUUCAACUCUUAAACUAAGGGAAGUUGAAAGCACAAGACAUUGGGAUACUAUCGAGUUGGUAUUCAUUGGCGAAGAAAAGUCGAAAAAACAAAAUGACAGGUAUUUUGACAAAGAAAUUCAAGUGUCUGCGGAAAUUAGUCAUAAAUGCAUCAACACAAUUCCGAUCAUAGAUGAUAGCUUAGCCGAAAAACCACGACAGGGGACGCCACCAUCUACGCCAGUUGUCAAACUACCCAUGGUAGAAACUGGUCAGAUGACAGAUUAUUUAGAUGAACCAAGUGGGUCUUGCAAUAUAACACAAAAAUCGCUUGAAUCACAGUUGAAACAAGCAAUGAUGUUGGCCUCAACUAGAAGUGCACUGCUGUUGGAAACUGAGAGUCGUUUAACCGAAUGUCAUGGCCGAAUUAAACUUCUCGAGAAGACCCUGGAAGAUAAAGAGGGACAGUUAAAAAAGGAAAAGUGUAUUAACUCAGAGACUGGUGGGAGUGAUAAAAUAGGUGACGGUAUCCUAAGUUCGACAAUCGGAUCCUUGCAAGAUCUUCUUUUGCAGAAAGACACGACAUUAUCCAAGUAUCAGGAUUUAUUGGGGAAUGAACGCUUGGAACACUCAAAAGCUUACGAUGAAAAUAUCUCUCAGAUCAGGUCGCUGAAAAAAACGAUUGAUGAAUUAGAACAGAAGCAGUACGAUAAGCAAAAAGAGAUAGAUAAUAUGAUUACUCAAAUAAAUGAUUUGAAUAAGAAAAGCGCAGAACAAGAAGCGAACGCAGCACAUGCAACCGUCGUUUCCGGAGCAGGAACCAACAGAACGGAACUUGUGUAUACCGAUAAAAUUAUAGAGAACAUCUAUGAGUUGGACCAGAAGAAGGAAGGGGAGAUCGAAUCACUUAGAGUUCAGUUAAAAAUGUUAGAAAACAAGCUCUCUGAAGCUGCUAAAGAUUCUAGGACAUUACAAGGGCAGCUAAAAGAGAACGCCAGCAAGGAAAAGCGAAUGGAAAUGAUAUUGAGAGAAAAAGAAGCAGAAAUUAGAAUUCUUAAUGAGAAAAUCUCGAAAGAACAUGAUGAUUUGAGAGAGUUUACAGAUAAUGUAGCUACGGCACAGGAAGUGGAACAGUUAAGAGAAAUGCUGGAGGAUAAAGAUCGCCAUAUACAGGAUUUAACGGAGACACUCAGCCAAUUUCACGAUGACCAGCAAAGAUUCAUGAAUGACACAUCACUGCACUCGGCAGAACAAGUCUCACAUCUGAGUGCAGACCUCAAUCGUAGCGAAGCUUCAAACCGUAUUUUAAAAACACAAAUCGAUGCUUUGAAACGACAAGUGAUUAGUAUCCAACAACGCGAAAAGCAAUCUCGUGACCUGGUUAAAACUCUGAAGAAUCAAUUAAUUAAGCGACCGGUAAUCGCAAUGAAACCAGAAAGGAUACCCACACCAAGGGAAGAUCAGCUAGCUCGAAAGGUCCAACUACUGGAAACGGAACUGUUGGAUACGAAGGACGAUCUACGUAAACAAAUCAGCAUCAAUGAGAAUCGCCGGGCGAAGAAUGCGGCUGAGUUGGAUCUGUGGAACAAGCAGAAACGGUGGCAACAAACAGCAGAUAAACUUAAAAUUCAACUCAAAGAUCGUGAGACUGAGCUGGAAAAGUUAAAGGUUCAUUUUAAUUCCGCCAAAUCUGCCAUUGUACGAAUGGAACGCGAAAAAGCAAUGCUGGAGGGCCGAAGUAUUCGAGGAACCAGUGCGGGGUCGGCCAAGAGCGGCAAAUGUGGUUCCACGACUGAUAAUAAGUACACUAUCGCUGAGUCUCCGGAUUGUUGUACGAGCGAAAGUACAGGGUCGGACGAAGCCAGCACAGAGCUGAACACGUUUGCUCAGAACAGCAAGGAGAUUAUUGAAGCGUUGAAGAGUCGAAUAGAAUCUCAGCAGAGAAGGAUCAUCGCAAUGGAACUAGAGCGAAAGGGCUCCAACUCUAUGACACACGAGCUGGAAAGGAUGCAAGAAAAAAUUUCAAGUUUAGAAGCUCAAAACAUUCGUCUGGAGGCAAAAGCACUUCAACUCCAGUUGGACAAUGACAUGCUUCGACAAAAUGAUGAAUCCGAACGAUUACGGAGUCAAACUAGGCACUUAGAAGAGUACAUCGUUGUUCUGAAGGAGGAAUUGACUAAAGCAUCAGCUGGCUGUCCGGAAACAAUAAAUUUCGAGAAUCUGUGUCAACGGUGCGUAAGGUCUAACGCUGGAGGCACACCAACGAACAGUGAGUUAGCAAGUUACAAUGCUAAGCUGGAGCAAACUGUAAUCGCGCUUCGCAGGGUUGUUGAAAAGCUCAAGGUGGAUAAUAAGCAACUCAAGGAAACGAAAGUGAACGCUGGAGUUCGCUCUAUUGACAAAACUUCGAUGGCUACCUCUAAUGAAGACUAUGAUCGUUUGAAGAGAGAAUAUGAUAAGCUUCAACAGAAUUAUACGGAAGCGAUCAAUCGUGUUGCUGCACUUCAAGUUGAAGUUGAGUUGCUGUCCAGUGCCAAUUGUCCACGUUGUUAUCCUAAGGAAGAGAAACAAGACUUACCUGAAGGAACCGCAGAGGACAAACAAAAAUGCGAAGAACUGAAGGAAAGUUUAGAAAAGAAAACACAACUUUUAGAAAAGGCAAAAUUGCUGCUUACGAGAGCAGCUGCUAAAGAGCGCUAUUUGAAAGAGCAAAUUUCAUUACUAAGACGAAAAUGUUCAGAUUUGCAGAAUGUACCUGUUAUAGACGAAAUUAGUGAGUAAAGAACGUACAGACACUGCCAAUUCAUUUCCAUUACUAACAUUUUGUGCUAAUAUUUUGUGGUUUGUUCACUCAUAUCAACAAUUACCAUAAUUUACAGACAA